UCUACGAUGAACGUAAGAGUGUAUUUAGUAAUAUGUUCAGUGAUUUUGAAUUGUUUUUUAAUUAAUCAAGUGAACUGCUAUAAUAUAUUAGGAGUGUUUCCGUUUAUGGGCAAGAGUCAUUUCUAUGUUUACGAUGUGUAUCUCAAAGAAUUGGCGCGAAGGGGCCAUAAUCUAACUGUUAUAUCAUAUUUCCCUCAAAAACAACCGCUGGAAAACUAUCACGACAUUGAUCUAGGAAAAGGAAAGUCCCUUUUUGAACUAAAUCAUCCCGUGUCUGUAUCUUAUGCACAAGCAUUGUUGUCUUUUGCAAUUUUACAACCAAUAGUUGGUUCUUACACAUGUAGACAAAUUUUAGAUGAUGAAGAGGUCCAGGACAUAAUACUCACACAACGAAAAUUCGAUCUUGUUGUGGCUGAACAAUUUAACACUGACUGUCCUCUUGCUAUUGCUCACUUAUUAAAAGCCCCUGUUGUUGGAAUUACUUCGUAUAUGUUGUUACCUUGGCACUACCCACGAUACGGAGUUCCUUAUAACCCUUCCUAUAUCCUCUACGAUGUGUACCAUGGAGGAACAAAACCAACAUUUCUGCAAAGAAUAGUUAGAAGCUUUUCAUAUCAGUUUAUAAACUUCCUUCAGAAACAUAUUUGUAAACAUGAAGAUUCUGUAAUUUCGCACUACUAUGACAACGUACCAUCUGUUGAAGAAUUGGGCCGUCAAGUGAAGUUCUUACUUUUAUAUCAAAACUUAGUCCUAGCUGGUUCUCAGAUAUUACCCCCAAAUGUAGUAGAAGUUGGCGGUUAUCAUAUAGCUCAACCAAAACAAUUGCCAGCUGACCUCCAAAAUUUCAUUGACGAAUCAAAGAAUGGAGUUAUAUAUAUCAGUUUUGGUACAAUUUUACAAGGAUCUUCAAUAAAGAAAGAGUAUUUUCGAGCAAUCUUAGAUGUAGUGAGCGAGUUACCGCAACGAGUUGUUUGGAAGUGGGACAAAAAACUGCCUCAAAACAUUACCAACAUUUAUUCAUCGAAAUGGCUUCCGCAAAAUGAUAUUCUAAGUCACCCAAACGUAGUUGCAUUUUUUUCUCAUUGUGGAAUGCUUGGAACUACUGAAGCUAUACACCAUGGUGUUCCAGUCCUUGGUAUGCCUGUAAUUGGUGAUCAAUUUACAAACGCAGCAGCUAUAGAAGAACAAGGACUUGGGGUUCAAAUAUCGUAUAACAGUAUCAGUAAAGAACUUUUAUUGGAAAAAUUCAAAGUAAUCUUAGAUCCAAGGUUUAGAACGCAAGUGAAAACAAUAUCGCAGAUGUGGCGCGACAGGCCUGCUACUGCUAUGAAUACAGCUAUUCAUUGGACGGAGUUCGCAGCUCGAUACAAUAACUACACAUUCCGAACACCAGCUGCCGAUGUACCUCUCUACCAAUAUCUAGGUCUAGAUGUGGCAGUCGUGCUCCUGUUGCUAUCCAUAACGUUGAUUUGGAUUUUAAAAUCUGUUUUAAUGUAUUCUAUAAAAUCUAUAAAUUUACGGAAAAAAUCAAAGAAACUGAAAUCGGACUAAAUUGAAUAUUUUAUGUCCUAUUUGUUAAUGACUUGUUUUAACUUGUUUUGACUUACCUACAUACCGCGUAUUUAAGAGUGACCUUGUUAAACAAGUUUUGAUUUUAACUCAUGCAAGAAGAACCUAUAAAAUAAUUUUUAGAGUUAC